CAGACACGCGAGCACUCCAGGAGGAAAGUGACACGGCCCCUACGCAUGCCUGCCCCAACCCUAGCCUUCCCAGCGCCCGCGGGGACCCGAGCAGGAUGCGCUGGGGCAAAGUCCAGCCCCGCGCGGCCUAGCGGAGCACGGGAGAGGGCGCUGCUCGGCGCCGCCACCUGCCGCCGCGGCCCCGCGCGCUCCCGACCUUCGCUUCUCCCGGCGCGCACGCGCUUGCCUGCUUCCUGUCGCCGGGGCCAUGGCGACCUGCUUGCGGCUGCAGCGCUGUGGGGCCCCGCGCCUCCGACCCGCGCUCCCCGGCCACGGCCUCCGCCCCCGCGCCGGAUGCUGGGCACCCCGGCCGGCCGAGCUCCGUGCCUACGCCCCAGGCCUGGGCGCCCUCCCUGAGGCGUUGCUGCGCACCGACAGCUUCGUGGGCGGCCGCUGGCUCCCGGCCGCCGCCACCUUCCCGGUGCUCGACCCCGCCAGCGGCGCCGAGCUGGGCCGGGUAGCCGACUGCGGGGCGCCCGAGGCCCGCGCCGCAGUGCGCGCCGCCUACGACGCUUUCUGCAGCUGGAGGGGCUUCUCGGCCAAGGAGAGGAGCUCAGUGCUUCGGAAGUGGUACGACUUAAUGAUACAAAACAAGGACGACCUUGCCAGGAUCAUCACAGCUGAAAGCGGGAAGCCGCUGAAGGAGGCGCAGGGGGAGGUCCUGUACUCGGCGCACUUCCUGGAGUGGUUCUCGGAGGAAGCCCGCCGCGUGUACGGGGACGUCAUCAGCACCCCCGCCAAGGAGAAGCGGGCCCUGGUGCUCAAGCAGCCGCUGGGCGUGGCCGCCGUCAUCACGCCGUGGAACUUCCCCAGCGCCAUGAUCACCCGCAAGGUGGGGGCCGCCCUGGCAGCCGGCUGCACCGUCGUGGUGAAACCCGCCGAGGACACGCCCUUCUCAGCCCUGGCCCUGGCCGAGCUCGCCCUCCGGGCCGGCGUCCCUCCGGGGGUCUACAACGUCGUGCCCUGCUCCCGGCAGAAGGCCAAGGUCGUGGGGGAGGCGCUUUGCACUGACCCGCUCGUGUCCAAGAUUUCCUUCACUGGCUCCACAGCCACCGGAAAGGUGCUGCUGCACUACGCGGCCGACUCCGUGAAGAGGGUGUCCAUGGAGCUGGGCGGCCUCGCCCCCUUCAUCGUGUUCGACAGCGCCGACGUGGACCAGGCCGUGGCGGGGGCCAUGGCCUCCAAGUUCAGGAACUCCGGGCAGACCUGCGUCUGCUCGAACCGCUUCCUGGUGCAGCGGGGCGUCCACGACGCCUUCGUGGCGAAGCUCGCCGAGGCGAUGAGCACCCACCUGCGUGUGGGCCACGGGCUCGAGGAGAGGACGACCCAGGGCCCGCUGAUCAACGAGAAGGCGGUCGAAAAGGUGGAGAAGCACGUGCGUGACGCCCUCUCCAAAGGCGCCACCGUGGUGACCGGCGGGAAGCGACACCGACUUGGAAGGAACUUCUUUGAGCCCACCCUGCUCAGCCACGUCACCCAGGACAUGCUGUGCUCCCACGAGGAGACCUUCGGGCCCCUGGCACCGGUCAUCAAGUUCGACACGGAGGAGGAGGCCGUGGCGAUUGCCAACGCGACCGAUGUCGGGUUAGCAGGUUAUUUUUACUCCCGGGACCCGGCCCAGAUCUGGCGGGUGGCGGAGCGGCUGGAGGUCGGCAUGGUGGGCGUCAACGAGGGGCUCAUCUCCUCCGUGGAGUGCCCGUUCGGCGGCGUCAAGCAGUCGGGCCUGGGCCGGGAGGGCUCCAAGUACGGCAUCGAUGAGUACCUGGAGGUCAAGUACGUGUGCUUCGGGGGCUUGUAGGUCCUCCUCGUCUCCGGA